AUGGCAAGUGGUAAAGAAAGACUAGAGUUUGCGGACUGUGGACACGAUUCUGACUCGGAGAAAAAUAUAAUGGAUAACGAAAGUGUAGAGGACCGAUUAUCGCCUCGAAUACCACCAGCGUCGCCGGAAUCAUCGGACUAUGACGAGAGACUGUCCCUACCUAUGGAUUUAAAAACACGUCCAAGUGUUGACGGUACAUCCGUAUUAACUAAUAAAGCAAAAUCGUCAUUUCUUAUCACAGACAUUCUCUCCAGUAGAAGUGAACAGAAGUAUUCCAAAGACAAUAGAAAAUCGCAUACUUGUCUAGAUGCUAUUGGACACCAGUGUAAGACUUGUAAUAUAGAACCGUCCAGAAAACGUAAAGAAAGAUUCAGGGAAACGGACUCACCAUCCCAGGAAGAUUCAACAGACGAACAAGAUGAAGAAUCCUCAGACAACAGGCAAUGUGGUCCUGACGGCUCAUCUUUAUGCUCAAAACACAAGAAGCCCAGAAAGGCUAGAACUGCAUUUACAGAUCACCAGCUGAACUGUCUAGAGAAAAGCUUUGAGAGGCAUAAAUAUCUAAGUGUACAAGACAGAAUGGAACUGGCAGCUAAACUCAACUUGACGGACACUCAGGUGAAAACCUGGUACCAGAAUAGGAGGACAAAGUGGAAAAGACAAACAUCGGUUGGACUGGAACUCUUAGCAGAAGCCGGAAAUUACAACGCUUUCCAAAGACUCAUGCAUUCUAGCAAUUAUUGGUCUCCCUAUCACCAGCAGGCCGCGCGAAUGAUAUCGACACUCGAUUCAUAUUACUACCGGUCCGGAAGUUCCACAGCACUAUCUUCUCAACGGCCGAUGAUGCCGCGGAUGUACAUCCCUGGAAUGAGUUCUUUGCCUUCUUGA